AUGAAACGAAAUCCCCUUCAGGAAUUAGUAAAAACACCGGGCGCUAUAAAUCUGGAUAUUAACAAGCGGCAUUCCCUCUCAGCCCAGGCCUCUGGCGAGACGGCUGCGGUGCCGGGGUCCGAAGAGAACGUGGGCGGUGGCGGCGAGCCGAAACUGAGCAAGAGUGAGCAAAGGAGAUGCCUGACAGCAGAGAAGAAAACAGCAGAGAAGGCGGCCACGCAGAAGGGCCUCAGUGAGGAACAACCAGGCCAGGCCUGCGCUGAGGGCAAUGCGGGCGCCGAGGAGGAGGGCCUGGACCCAAACCAGUACUACAAGCUCUGCAGCCAAGCAAUCCAGCAGCUGAAGGUCAACGGGGAAGACCCGUACCCACACAAGUUCCAUGUGGACAUCUCGCUGACACACUUCAUCCAAGAAUACAGUCACCUGCAGCCUGGGGACCAGCUGAGUGACGUCACCUUAAAGGUGGCAGGGAGGGUCCAUGCCAAAAGAGCUUCCAGGGGGAAGCUCAUCUUCUAUGACCUCCAGGGAGAGGGAGUCAAGUUGCAAGUCAUGGCCAAUUCCAGGAAUUAUAAAUCGGAAGAAUUUAUUCGUAGCAAUAACAAACUGCAUCGGGGAGACAUCAUUGGAGGUCAGGGGAGCCCUGGGAAAACCAUGACGGGCGAGCUGAGCACCCUUCCCCACGAGAUCACACUGACGUCCCCGUGCUUGCGUAUGUUACCUCAUCUGCAUUUUGGGCUCAAAGACAAGGAAAUACGAUAUCGUCAGAGAUACUCGGACUUGAUCCUGAAGGACUCUGUGAGGCAGAAAUUUAUCACCUGCUCUAAGAUCAUCACAUACAUAAGAAGUUUCUUGGAUGAGCUGGGGUUCCUAGAGAUCGAAACGCCCAUGAUGAACCUCAUCCCAGGGGGAGCGGCAGCCAAGCCUUUCAUCACCUACCACAAUGAGCUGGACAUGAACUUGGACAUGCGGAUUGCCCUAGAGCUCUACCACAAGAUGCGGGUGGUUGGUGCCCUCGACCGGGUGUAUGAAAUCGCACGCCCGUUCCGGAAUGAACGGAUUGACAUGACUCACAAUCCCGAGUUCACCACCUGUGAGUUCUACAGGGCCUACGCCGACUAUUGCAACCUCAUGGAAACCACAGAGAAGAUGACAGCGGGGAUGGUGAAGAGCGUUACAGGCAGUGCCAAGGUGGCCUACCAUCCGGAUGGCCCCGACGGCCCCGCCUACUAGGUGGACUUCACCCGGGUUUUCUGGAAGAUCAGCAUGGUUGAAGAGCUCGAGAGAGCUCUGGGGGUCAAGCUGCCCGCCACCAGCCUCUUUGAAACGCAAGACACUCGCAGAAUCCUUAAUGGUAUCCGCGUGGCAAAAGCCAUCGAAUGCCCUCCGCCCCGGAGCGCGGCCAGAUUCGUGGGUAAGCUAGUUGGGGAGUUCCUGGAAGGGACGUGUGUCCACCCUAUGUUCAUCUGUGACCACCCGCAGGUAAUGAGCCCUUUGGCAAAGUGGCACUGAUCUAAGGAGGGUCUGACGGAGCGCUUUGAGCUCUUUGUCACGAAGAAGGAAACAUGCAAUGCCUACACCGAGCUGAAUGACCCCAUGAGGCAGCGGCGCCUUUUCGCAGAGCAGGCCAAGGCCAAGGCCAAGGCCGCUCGGGACGACGGGGCCAUGUUGAUAGACGAAAACUUCUGCACGGCCCUAGAGUGCGGGCUGCCCCCCACCGCUGGCUGGGGCAUGGGCAUCGACCGCGUCACGAUGCUUCUCACGGACUCCAGCAACAUCAAGGAAGUGCUCCUGUUUCCUGCCUUGAAACCUGAAGACAAGAAGGAGCGUGUCGCCACGGCCGAUGCACGGGAAGGCACAGCUGGCGCUUCUGUCUAG